UUUGGUAAAGAUCGUUUGUUGAGAUGGAAGAUUCCUGUCUCCUAUUCCUGCUCGUUAUUACAUCCUUGAUGUGUGUGAACCAAGGUAAGAAUGCAUCAGCAAACCUAUCUAGAUAGUAAAUUGACUAGUAUGCUUAAGAAUUCUACCUCGGGACAACCGCAUUAAAUCCAUUACAAGACUUUAUGGCCUCGAGGGUUUGUGCGAGAUCAAUUUCGUAGACUGAACGUCUAUGGCGAAUGAAUUUUGGAGCACUAAUCUUGGAACAGAAGUUAUCCACGUCUACAUCCUCAGCUAGAGGUAGAUAGGGCAUACUGUCAAGAAAGUUAAAUUUUCAUCGCUCCUUGACGAUGCUCCUAGUAAACAAGAAAUUGCCCUCUAGCUAUCAGGGUGUGAAUGAAUGUUAACCGCAGACAGUCUUACGUGAGAGAAAUAAACGAAAUAUACGCAGCUUAACAUACAAUGAUACUAGAAAAUAUUGGCCCCUCUUCUGAUACACAAUCAUAUGCAUAUUUUGACAAGGGAAAUGGGUUUGUUGACCAAAAAUUGAACUAUGUCAUGAUUGGAUCACAUCAAAUUUAUAAACGUGCAAUUUUGGCUGCUUAUGUUUAUCUGGUUCUGCGACAGAGGUGAUGUAUUUUUAGAUCAAAGCUGUAUAUAAGCUGUUUUUCUCUGAGAAAUGUGUAGAGAAUUCACUCAGUGGCACAGGUGUUGCCCGUGUUACAUUGAGAGAGUCCUUCAACCUCCAAACUAGGGUUAAUUACACUGAUGAUCACUUAAUAUUUAACUCCUUCCCCCCCCUGUAAUUUUACCCAAUGAAACACUCUUGGCUCUUUUUAUUCUAUUUCCAGGUUCUUGUGAGGGUGGAAAAGGUGUAACAUGUGAAUCAUACCACCCAGAAGAGGGCAUUUUGAAUGGAAAUGAAACCUGUGAUACUGCAGAGUAUUCCUGCUUCGUUCUGUGGAAAGACGAUGUCAAUGAAAGAAAUGAAACAUUUUACAUAGUUUUGAAGAAAGGGUGUUUUCAAGUGUCUGUUAAUGAGGCUUUUAGAGACUGUAAAGAUGAUUGUAUUCAAAAUCCAAAUUAUGAUGCCUUCAGAAGUCAUAAUGUCUCUGGGUUUUGUUGCUGCAACAUCCACAUGUGUAACAGGAAUUUCACUCCUGUUUAUUAUACCGAGUCAACAACAACAACGGCAACAACAGACAUGUCAACAGGUGAGCAAAUACACAUGUACUAGUACUACAGAGUUGACAAUUUAAAUUGGCCAACAGAAAGACCUGUUAAAGCUGAUGUAUUGUUGUGAUGAAUGACUAGCGCUCUUCAUGGAAGUCAAUUCACAUUGUUUACUCAUGUCAUAAAAAAAAAACUAAAUUACCUGAUGCAGCACCACAGUUUCUUUGGAAACUUAUCCCCUUUAUUCAUUUAUACUACAGAAUGUAGUAAGAAUUUGACUUUGAUUUAAAGCAAGUACGAGUACAUUCACCAUUGUAACCAUUACACCUUAAAGAAUUACUGGACAGCAUUUCUUCCCAUAUACAGGAGAGAAAUGGGUGUGGAUUGUGAUGCAAAAAAUCAAAUUUUAACAUUUUAUUUACUUCCUUGGUUUACAGCUUCUGCUGGGGAUAGAUCAGACAGGGUUGCCAUUGUGGUGGCAUGUGUUAUGUUUGUUGUUCUGGCUGUAUGCAUGACAGUGGGUGUUAUCUACGCGUACAAGUCUAAAUGCUUUAAAAGUAAAUAUGCUGCAGCUGACCCCGAAGAGAAGGAACCUCCUGGACCUGAACUUGACAUCAGUGGUUUGCACUUUGAACAAAUGGUUGGACAAGGGCGCUAUGGGUCGGUGUGGAGAUGUUACCUUAAAGGGGAAGUAGUGGCUGUCAAAGUAUUUCCGCCAGGGCACAGGGGCACAUGGGAGUCUGAACGGGAGGUGUAUGAAGGACAGUUAUCACAUCCAAGUAUCUUAAGGGUAUGUUUGCAUCAAUAGACUUUUCUGUAUUAAAAGGCAGCACAAUUCAGGCAACAUGUCGGAGUGAAGGGUGCCUGUGACAAGCAGUUCUGUUUGUACUUGUUUCAAAUAAAGUUGCUGCAGCAUGUUCAGGGUGUCUAUUUAUAUACAAGAUUGUGAAUGAUGCGAGUAAAUUAACAGGGGAAUAUUCAGUUGAAUAAUUCUGUAUAGCAGCAGGAGGAAAAAUCUAAUACUGUGAUCUAAUAUUACUUAACUUAAGGGUUCCCUGCUAAACAGUUUAAAAAAUAUGCGCAAAUUUGAUGACAUUUUCAAAUUCAUUGAUUAUUUUUUUUACCCUCUGUAAUCUUCAGUUUAAUCUUUUGAGUAGUCCAGAAAAUUCCACCUGAGGCUACUAGAUGGCAUUUUAUUCCCUAAGUUAAUUUCAUACUAUGGACAAGUGUGUAUAUAUUUUUUUUAUUGCAGUUCUAUUUUGCAACUCAAAGGCAGCAAAGUUAUGGACCAGAAUAUUUGCUUGUGACUGAAUACCACAGUAAAGGUUCCCUGUUGCAGUAUCUAAAGUGUAACACUGUGACCUGGCAAGAAAUGUGCAGUCUUGGCCAUUCACUGUCAUCUGGGCUGGCUUACUUACACAAUGAUGGUAAAUCAAGAGCUUUAAUCCUUUCACUAAGACACAAUUUUUUGUUACAUAAUCAAGCAGACAUGUGAUGGAAAUAGAGAAAAAUAUCAACAAGGGGAUUUUUAGUUGAUUCAAUACCAAAUUCUGCAAAAUAACAUCUUAAGAAUAGUACACAAUGAGAGGAAUUAGUAAAAAGAUUUUUUGAGUGAAAGGCUCAAUAUGUCCUCUUUAUGUAUUUUAGUAACCUCAAAUUUACUUUACUUUCAUUUAGUAAAGUAACGAUUCUCACAGGCUAACUACAAUUUUAGCAAUUGCAGAAAAGAACCCUAAAGAAAAUAUUUAGGCUUUGAUGGGAUUCACACCUGUGUCUCUCAGAGACUAGAGGGUUAAAAUUUUGGUCAUUUUUGGUUCUUUAGGUUCUUCUUUCCUGUGAAAGAAUCUGAUUUAUUUCACGCAAGAGUUGAAGUUGAUCAAAUAAAUUUCUUCUUUUGGUUUGUUCAAGCCCUAAGUUUUGUAUUUCAAUUGCGUAACCUGUAAUUUUUCCUCAAAAUCAUUGCAGCUGUAACUUGACCAGUUCUUGGCAUAUUUUUAUCACCUACUUAGAGUACACUUGUAGUUAAUUAGUUGAUAGAAUGAAAUUCUACCCCUGGUCUCUUUAGAGCUUUAAGUUUCUGGUUUCAUUUGUGGUAGGUCAAGUUUACUGUCUUUUUGUUUUCCAGGUUUGCUUCUCCCUCUCCUUAGAACCAUAUGUGAUGUCAUUUCCUUGAGACCCUUCUUACAGUAACCAAGCGUGUUUAUCAUGACAUUUUCACUAUAUUUUUUUUCAGAUAACAAUGAAGGUAAACCAUGUUUUGUUCACCGUGAUAUAAGCAGUAAGAACAUUCUGGUCAGUCCAAAUAUCACUUGUAUACUGUCGGACUUUGGUUUUGCCAUGAAAAUGCCAGAAAUUGGAGCUACUAAAGGAAGUGAUGACAUAAUCACAGAGGUAUGACUGAUAACUAAGAUAUGCAUAAUUUCAAACUUGAACAAUGCUGAAAAUGGUACGGACUGUCUUUUCAGUACAGAACCUCAUAACAUAUCAGUUCAAUGAAAGCUUUGAAAGCUCAGGUCACAGAUGCAGAGAGACCUUUCCUUAAUAUGCAUUCUCAUUAUAGGGUAAAUUAUUCAAGGUAAGUUUGCACAAUUCAAUCAAGUAAGGCAGGAUCAUCAACAGCCAUGUACUUUCCCCUUGUGAUGCUCAGACAUUUUCUAUUGUAGGUUGGAACACUUCGUUAUAUGGCUCCUGAAGUUUUAGAUGGAGCUGUUAACUUAAGGGAGUGUGAGGCAUCAUUGAAAGAAAUCGAUGUUUAUGCCAUGUCAAUUGUGCUCUGGGAAGUAGGAAUGAGAUGGUCUGACAUUUAUGGAAGUAAGUUUGGUACUGCUCUUCUGUCUGUUAAAGGAAAAGUAUGCUUCAGAAACUGUACAAUCAGCCAUUCCAAAGUGAAAUCAUGAUAUGAAGUUUGUUGUAUCUGGGAGUAGACACUCCUAGUCAAUUUGUGCUAUAGAAAUAAAGGCUCAACAGCUUUGCAAAUGAUUAUUGGUCUUGAAGGCAGACUUAAGCAAUAAUUUUUUGGAGUUUUCUUUUAGUUACUUAUUUGUUUGAAAUGUGUCCCUCUGAACAUUCAUCUUCUUUCCCCUCCAGAUGAGCCUGUGCCAGACUUCAGGCCACCAUUUGAAGCUGAGCUGGGCUCAUCCAUCACAAGUGAAGACAUCCAGGAUUAUGUUGCCAGGCAGAAGAAGAGGCCAGGGUUUCCAGAUGUGUGGAAACACAAUCAUCCAGUUAGUAAUUUUAAAUGCAGUUGUUAAUAUGGUCAGAUCACACGAGGGAGGGUACCCUUGAAAAACAAGGUUGUUGGUAAAGGGAACAAAAGUUGAACAAACUUAGAAGUAAUUAUCAGAAAUGGAGUAUGAAGUAACAAUCAUUUACCUUUGUUAAGAACUUCUGCCCAGGUAAGAAAAAAAUCAAUCUCUGUCUUCAACAACAGUCUUUUUUGGACUGCUCUCGUCUUGAUUAUCAGAUGAUGAGAGUUUUAUUUUUCCAUGUAUUUAAGUUUUCAAUGCAUUUGUUUAAGUGUAGACUUUUUGUGAGAAAUCUGCCAUUUACUUGAAAUUGCUUUUAUUUCCUUGGUGAAAUAUCCUGUGUCUUAAGAACUUUGAGAGGCACUGGAAGUUUUACUGUUACAUAUCUUGGAGACAAAAAAUGAAAAACAGACAAAAACAAACACUCACACAAAAGGACAAACAGGGAAAGAUUUGGCAAUUUAUUUGGUAACUCUUGAAUGGAACCUUUUAAUGCUUUAUGUCAAAUCCUUUAUCAACAAGGCAAGUUCAGUCAGGACGAUUGAAUUUGUCCCAUAUAAUGUUUUGCUAGUUAAUUGACUGUGAUGAAGAUAAGCAGCUUUAAGAGGAGAUAAGAAAAACAAAAUCAAUGCUUAAAUCUACUCUAACUUUAAAGGGUCUAAGAACAUUGAAAGAAACUAUAGAAGAUUGUUGGGAUCAAGAUGGAGAUGCCAGACUCUCUGCGCUGUGUGUGAAGGAACGUUUCUCAGAACUGUUAAAGGACUACCCAGAGGGUCUUGUUGUCUCAUCAAGUGGUAACCCUGUGCAGAAGAUUCUCCAAAACUACCCCACAUCACACUCACAGAGCUUGUCAAGUGUCAAUGGUCCUGUGUCUAAUGCCCCACCUAUUAUAGCCACUUAUCCAUGGGUGGAUAAAUCCUCAAGCAACAGUAUGACCAUGACUACUGUAUGAAUGUCAACUUUAAAUACUUUGGCAAAACACACUCUGUGUUUAUCAGUGAGAAUGUGUACUGGAAUUGGACUUCUCUAGAAAAGUUAGACCUAUCAUACAAUUGCUAUCAGUUCAUAGUUACAUUGGGAGCCUGGAUUUUGUUUAGGAAAGAAAAUCAACUCUAAUGGCUGCCAACAUUUAGUCUUUGUACCUGGGUAACCAUGAAUACAGAGUGACCAUAACGACAAAGAGUUUUCAGCCUAAACUUUACAACUAUAGUAUGCCAAUGGAAACCCUGGAUUAAGCAGGUGUUUAAAUAAGUUGGUCACUGGCAGUCCAUUGCCGUCUUCAAGACAGCUGUCUGUCUAUGCUUCAAGCAGGUUCUCAUGUUUGGAUUUUGUCUUAUGGCAUACCCACCUAUUACACAACUGCCAGCUGCUUAUGGAAAAGGUUAUUGAUACCACUGGAAAAAACAUUGAUUUGAAUUGGCUUGCUUUAUAUGUCUAUCCUGUUUUUCUUCAGUAGACAAUGCUGUCCUGAUUUGGGCUAGCCUAUUUGUUCAUAGAAGGUAUUAUCUUGAAGGUUUUGUCCUUGAUAGUGGUGACCAGAAGUGCCAAAAAAUUUAGACAAUGCUACAUUGUUAUAACUGUAGUCAAAAAACUGUUACUUUGAAUUUUGUAUGUGUCACAUGGUCAGUGUACUGAAGCCAUAAUAACAGUGUACAGCAAGGGGCAGCUGAAAGUUAACAUUAGAUAAUAAAUCUUUUGGAAGAGACAAGUACAUGUUUGUUUAAAUAGAAGAUUAAAGAUGAUGAUUUUGAGCUAAUUUGAAGAUAAGAGAAAGAUUUUCUUCACUUUUCUCAAAUGAGGGAGAACUUAAUACAUAACAUAACAAUUUUACUUGAAUACAGUAAGCUUGUUCAGGGAAUAAAACUUUUAUAUACAAAUGAGGAACACUUUGGUCUUAUUUCUCUAAAAACAAUGUCUUCACUGCAAAUAAAGGACAGUUCCUCUAGUGUUAAUGCAGUUCUCAGAAUCAGACCACAAAGGGGAAAGUGACUAGGCAUUUUUGCCAAGGAAGAGCAAGCCAGUGCAGAAGGCAAAUGCAUUUUUCCAUCAAGACAAUGAAGGAUAUUUUGGUUAUUUUCCUAUUUUACUCUUAUUCAUUUUAAGAAAUAUGAGGACAUUUAGUCAGGCAAGACCCUCAAUUCAACACAGCCUCUGAAUAAGUUCUGCACUAAGUCACAAAAAAAAUUAUGGUGUGGCAGUUAAUGGAGUAUGUACAGAAACAUUCAUGUGUAUAUUUAAUUUCAUCUUAAGAGCUAUGUGGGAUUUUGCUUUUAGAGCGAUUGUGGACAAUUUCUCUCUCUUCACAAAGUUUGUCCUCAAUAAACAUUGUUUGCCAUAAUGAACAGAUUCAUGAAAUAAAAUUCCAUUAAAAUGUUUGAUUGCACAUGACAUUCUCUGAUGUCUUGUCAAACACCUUUUGCAAUGUAUUUAUUUGCACUUCAAAUUUCAAAUUCAAAAGUAAUUAAAAGCUAUUAUAAGAUGCCACAUGUAUAUAGUAUACACUCGGCUACUGUGAUAGUUCAUUGUAAUCAUAUUUCAAUAUUGUCAACUAAUUUUGUAUUUUCUGCAGAAUUCCCUCGUUUUUUUGAAAGGAAAUAUGUAACUGCAAGUAGUGUUAGCACAAGGUGUGACCAAAUCCUUUUUUGGAGGAAAACAAGGCAAUCAAGUAUUUCUUGUUUCUGGUUUAUUGGUUAACUUGUGAUUCUCAUUACAAAAAGACUGUGGAACAUUUCUAGAAUGUUUAUUUAGCCAUUAAUGCCGUUAUAAUCUGGCUGUGGUUUUUUUUGUUUGUAGUAUUAAUUAAAGAAUGUUCUUCUUUUGGUAUUUUACUAUUUGCACAUCUUUGCUAAAGCACACCUUUCUUGAUCAAGGUAUUUCUUUUUAUUUGUUUAAUAGUUUUGCCCUUCCCAGUCAAAAUUCUUGUUCAUGUUAGCUUUUAUUAAAAAGAAAAAAAAAAAGGUUAAGUUUUCAUUACAUUUAUAUACCUGUUGUGAUCUUGAUUGCAGUAAAUCUUGGUUGUUUUGAGAGAUCUAAAGUCAUUGCCAGCACUGAGAGCAUUUAGAAGAGAUUCAGAUCUGUUAAUGGCUUAUUUUUAUGUGGAGAAUUGUAUAGGACUUGCAAAAAUUGUCCGUGUCAGUAAUAUAUUUAGAGUUUUUAAAUAAAAUAACUUUUUGGCUAGCAUUUGUAUAUUUUAUUCAAGACUCUUGCCUUGAGUGGGAUGGAUGCUGAUUCUUGG